GUCAGCUGCAGUGUAGUGUUGCCCACAGUGUGGUUGAGUGAGCUUGAGUGUCAUCUCAUCUCUUCCUUGCAGAAUAAACUCCUCUACAGUGCAACACCCAUAGAGGAGAGGAGAGCAGAGGAGAGGAGAGGAGAUGGCAGCCAAGGAGGAGUCCAGCAACACGGCCCCCCUGGAGCUCAACAAGCCCUUCCUCACCUCCGUCCGAGGGGUCCUGAAGCUUGCUGAAAUCGUGGGAGCGUUUGUGGCUUUCCUGUGCUACGCCGUUGCCUCUAGGCCACCGUAUGUUGUUGCCACGGUGAUGGAACUCCUACUGACCUGUGCUCUCCUGCUACUCUACCUCUUCAAACUCGACAAGAGAUUCACCUUCUUCGUCUGGCCUGUUGUGGACAUGCUGAACUCCAUCUGUGCAGUGGCCUUCAUGGUCAUUCUCAGCAUAGUUGCUCUGGCUACGAACUCACUCAAGGCUACCAUUGCUGGGGCUAUCGUGGGCUUCAUAUGUGCAGUUCUGUGGGGGGUGGAUGGAUUCCUGCUCUUCAAGAAGAUCUCCUUUAACUUCAGGAGUACAUGAGAUGACAUUCCAGGAUUAUCGAAGUUCAGCAAGUAACGUCAUGGUGUGGAGAAAGUUACAUAUCAAAGUAACUGUCCCUACAGAAAUUCCCAUGCUCUUUUGCGGAUUUGUUACGAUAGAAAGGAAAGCAUGGAUGGAAACCCUGGCGGAAGUCUUCACCUGAAUUUGGGAUGCCAUGUCAAUCACAAAGUGGCAAGAGUGGAGAAGAUUUAUUAUCAGACAAACAGACGCUUGUAGUUACAGGGCCCUACUGUGGCGCAUAUGGUAGGGCACACGUUUGCUGUGCGGCCGACUCGGGUUCGAUUAGUUACAUAUACACCAUUUAAAAACCAGCUUUUCAUCAAGCUUUAGAUAUAAUAAUAAUAAUAAUAAUAAUAAAUUUUAUUUUUGAGCGCCUUUCAAGAUACCCAAGGACACUUUACAAUCAAAACAAAUACAUAACAGUAGGGAAAGUAAAACAAAGCUUCAGUGAAUUAACAAUAGGAGAGUAAUUAAAAUGAAAAAAUAAAAUAGAAAUAAAAGUACAAUAAAGAUAAAUGUUUUCAAGUAAGAAAAGAAGUAGAAUGCAUUUGAAAAUAAAAUAAAAUGAGGGGGAAAAAAAUAAUAUGUAAAAUUAAAAAUAAACUGAUGAUUAAAAUAAAGUGGAAGUGCCUGUCAAUGAAGUGGAAAAGCAGAAAUGAAAAGGUGUGUCUUCAGCUUGGAUUUAAAAGUAGAUAGUGUGGAACACUGACGAAGAGACAGUGGGAGUGAAUUCCAAAGUUUGGGGCCAACAACACCAAAUGCCCUGCCGCCCAUGGUGCGCAGGUGUGUGGAGGGAACUGCAAGGAUAUAGGCCCUAUUUAAAAUACUUUAGAUCGAUCUCCCCCACGAGAAAAUGAAUUGGUUCCCUGGCUAUAUUCCAGGCUAGGGUCACUUUGUGCUCUGUGAAUGAUAACAUGUUCAUGUUACUUUUUUGGUUUCAUUUGGUAAGAUGUUCAUCCCAAAUCCUUAGCCUGGUGAAACACACCAGAGGGGUCAAAAGUAAACACAUUUCAUUACAUCGCUUUUACACCAUUUACUCCA